GAUAGCCCAACACAUCUUUCUCUCUCCAGUCUCCAUACACACACACAUACAUAUAUGUAUAUAUACACACACACAUUAUUUACACAGACAAGGCGUAGAGUGAAGCAGAUUUCAGAUCUAUUUCAGAAUUCAGCAACCAAACCAUCUUUUAGCAUUGCUCAAUCCCUUUGAUAGUUUCAUUUAACCUUUGGAAAUUUACUUCAUACCCACCACAAAUCCUUUGCGUAUCCUCUCAACAAGUGUUGAAUUUGAAGGGCACUGCCACUCUCCCUGUUGCCUUUCACUGUAUUUAAGCAACCCUCAAGAACCUAUAUUAUAUUCACAUUUCAAACCUUUUCUUGGAGCUUAAUCAAUAAAGCCUUAGUUAUCAGUGUAAAAAGCAUACUUUCUGCAUCAUUAAAGAGGGAUCUGUAGAGCUCUCCAUUGUGGCGUACUGGCAUCAGAACAUUUGCAAAUUGGAGCUUUUCUAGUCGAGGUUUAAGUGGACUCAUCAUGUUCCGGCAAUCGCCUCAUCGCUACCAGAGAAAUAAAGGAAUCAAAGUGAAGCAUGUGCUGCAGAUAUGUUUGCUACUAGGAAUUUGCAUCUGGCUGCUUUACCAGGUGCAGCACUCCCGUGACAAGAAGGCAUCCGUAGAAAACACGAGAGUUUCAGGAAAGAUCGAGGGUGGGAGUGAUAAUAUCAAGUUGGGAAGAAAGGAUCUCCAGCCCCGGAUGGAAAAAGAGGAUGCUGAAGAUGAAAAGGAGAAAGAGGAUCAACAGGAGGAAAGAGCGCAUUUUGAUGAUGAAAACAGGCCGGACGAUCGGGGGCAAGAAGAAGAAAAAACAGAGGAAGAAAGUGAACAUAGAGAAAAUUCUGUGGAUGGGGUAAGGGAGACGGAAGAGAGCAAGGAGAAUGAAACUAAAGAAGAUGAAAAUAGUAAUAAGGAAAGUAAUGAGGGUGCUGAAACCAGCGAGGAUAAGACCGAUGGAGAAGAGAAGGAAAAACGGGUGGAAACCAGUGAAAGAAGUGAAGAAGAGGAAGGUGGAGAAAGAGGUGAAGAGCGUAAAGAGAAAGAAAGUGAAAGGAAUGGGUCUGUUGAGCAGGAUGUGAAAGAAGAGAAGGGAGAGAUUGGUGAAAAUGAAGGUGUGCAUGCUGAAGUGAAGGGAAAUCAAGAAAAUGGUGGUAACGAAGGGGAUAACAAAGAGAAUAAAAGUGAAGAAACAGUAGAAGGGAAUGGGAGCAAUGAGAACGUGAAUGAAGAAACAAGAAGGGAGAAUGAGAGCAUGGAGAACAAGAGUGAAGAAAGUACCGGAGAAAAUGAGAGCAAAGAGAACAAAAGUGAUGAAAGUACAGGAGAAAAUGAGAGCAAAGAGAACAAAAGUGAUGAAAGUACAGGAGAAAAUGAGAGCAAAGAGAACAGAAGUGACGAAACAACAGGAGAAAAUGUGAACAAAGAGAGCACAAGUGAAGAAACGACAGGAGAAAAUGAGAGAAAAGAGAGCAAAGGUGAAGAUACGACAGGAGACAAAGAGAACAAAAGUGAAGAAGCAAGUGGAGAGAAUGAGAACAAAAGUGAAGAAGUAACAGGAGAGAAUGAGAACAAGGAGAACAAAAGUGAAGAAGUAACAGGAGAGAACGAGAACAAAGAGAACAAAAGUGAAGAAGUAACAGGAGAGAACGAGAACAGAGAGAACAAAAGUGAAGAGGUAACAGGAGAGAAUGAGAACAAAGAGAACAAAAGUGAAGAAACAUUGCAUGAAAAUGAAAAGAGAGAAAACCAAAAUGAAGUUAAGGAAGAGAAGGAGAACGAAAGUGAAAAGCAGAAGCCGACAGAAGAUCAGGGAGGUGUAGAAACCGAAGUCAAGCAAGAGAAGAAUGAUGGUGGGGAGCUGAGCAAUGUGAAGGAUGGCGAAGGUAGCAAAGAGCAAGAGGAAAACAGCAAAGUCGAGAAGCACAAAGAUGGUUCAAUGGAAAUUUCAAGCUCAUCAGAGGGUGAGACCCAAGGCAGAACUGAUAAAACUGAGGGUGUGAAGGAAGAAAAUGGUGUAGGAGAAAGCACCUCUGGUGACAGUGACACAGUUCAGAAUUCUCAAAACAUAACAGAAACAGAGAAAGUUAGUCUGGCUAAUUUGAAUGGGGAGGAAAAGACAAGUAAUGAGAAACAGAAUGAGUCUGAGGAAAAUAGCGGAAGUAAUUCGGAGUCGAGCAAUGUGAACGAGCCAAAUAGUUCUUCAAAUGCAGUAUCUGCUGAAGGUACAGAGUCUGGGCAUGAUCAUGAUUCUACAGCAGGAACAACUGGAGCUGAUGAACACAAGCAUGAUGCUAAUGACAACCCUUCCAAUGAUUCCACUCAAAGUAAAAACAACACAUCAGGCGACGUUCUAAACGAGCAGAAAGAAAAACCUGAUACUACUGCUGAGAAAUCAGAUUCAAAUUCAACAAGUGGGAAUGUCGAUGUGGAGAAUGGGGGCUCGAACGAGUCUGCUAGUAACAUACAAUCUGGUGCAGUAGAUGAGCAAAAAGUUGAAUCCAGAGGUGUGGAGAACAAUUCUGAAACUUCAGCUGAAAACGAGAGCAACUCGGCUGAGAACCAGAAGACUGAUGAUGAUUCUGGAACAGAUGGGAAAAUGGCUUCCUUCAAUGACGUUAAUGGUACUGAUGCUGGCGAAAAUAGAUCGGAAAAUUCUUCUGAGACUUCGCAGCAAGAUCGUAUUGAUUCGUCCACUUCACUUCCUCAAGAAGUGAAAGACGCUCGUACAGACCUGGAUACCCUUCCGGAUACAGGAGAUGGAGCUAACAGCCAUGAAGCAACUGCCAAGUGAAGCUUGUCAUAAAUGAUUUGUAGUUAAAAAGGUUUUUACUUUACAUUCUUUCCGCUACCCCCUAUUUUCACUUGCAAAGGCAAAUGUGAUAGUACUGAACUUUAUCAUCUCUUUCUGCUGAGCCUCAUCAAGCAGCAUAGAAUAUGGCAGCCAUAGUCUCAAAUGUGGAACUUUAUUUGAGUGUUGAUUAAUUCUUCUCUCUAGUUUUCGAAGUACAACAA